AUACAUUCGCGUUUGAUAAGUCGGUUGGUGUGGUUGUGUUUAUUUAUUUAUCAUGAGGCCCUAAUCAGUGAAUGAAAGUGCAAAUUUAUACCAUCGAAUUAAAUUGAUAAUACAUAGUUGGUAGAGAAAAUAAAGAAUAAAAAAUGAAGAUCCUCAUCUUGCUUGGCCUUUUGGCCGUUUCUUCGUUAGUGCUCACUCAAAGUUCCGACUUAGUUGCCAUGUUCGAGCCUGACUCCGUGCUGGUACAAAUGGACGAAUAUUAUUAUGUUGACUUCAAUGUAACAGGGUCUAAUUUCCAAGCCAAUGACGAAAUAGUUGCGAUUUCUGAAAUGGAAAACUUAGCUACUGCAGAAUGGAACUCCACAUACCGACUUACUGAGGAAGAAGCGAAUAACGGCUUUUUUGAAGGAAGAUUAAGAAUAAAUGGCCAUUUUCUUGGCAGACUAGAAGUUUACAUAGAAAACAGAAGACAAUUACCAACAGGAACAAUAACAAUUCCCGUGACUGGAACAUUACCAGUCACUGUCGUUCGACCGCAAAGAGUUAUAGAUUCGAUCUUCACUACCAGUGUUGCUGUUCUUGUGUCGUUAAUUUUCAUAAACUUCGGCUGUGCGAUGCACUGGCCUACCGUAAAGGAAGUGUUGAAGAAACCAAUUGGACCAGCAAUCGGAAUGUGUGGACAGUUUAUUUUUAUGCCUCUGAUAUCAUUUGGCCUCGGUUACCCCUUAUUCCCCGACAUGCCCGCGUUACGGUUGGGUCUAUUCUUUAUGGGCGUGUCCCCCGCCGGAGGGGCUUCUAACAUAUGGACCUUUAUAUUGGGAGGAAACUUGAAUUUGUCGCUCGCUAUGACCUCUAUAUCGACUAUUGCUAGUUUUGCUCUAAUGCCAGCCUGGUUAUUCAGUCUCGGUCAAGUGGUCUUCAGUAAUGCUAACAUAGUGGUCCCAUACGCAAGAAUAGGAUAUUUUGUAGUUGGUCUCCUCGUGCCGUUAGGCUUUGGUCUGGCUAUGCAGAAGUUUGUGCCGAAAAUAGCAAAAUUCAUGGUCAGAAUAUUAAAGGGAUUUUCAACUACGUUACUACUGUUUAUUAUCAUUUUUGCUAUUAUCACAAAUUUGUAUAUAUUUGAACUGUUUAAUUGGGCUAUACUAGUAGCGGGCAUGGGUUUACCCUGGCUAGGUUAUCUAUCAGGGUACAUCGUGGCUCGACUUCUAAAGCAACCGCAUGAAGAUGCGUUAGCUAUUUCUAUUGAAACUGGAGUACAGAAUAUGGGAAUAGCUGUGUUCUUGUUACGAUAUGCUUUGCCGCAACCUGAAGCUGAUUUAACUACGGUUGUACCAGUAUCAGUGUCCAUCAUGACUCCGGUUCCAAUGAUGUGCAUCUUUAUAUACCAGAAAAUCAGUGCUUAUAUACGCAAUCGGAGAAAAGCGAAAAAAACAGCUAUAGAAGAAGAGAAUACCAUAGAGGUGACGGAUAAAGUUCCAGAUACGCUGGUGACAGAUAAACAAGCAGCAUAGACAAUAUAAUAUUUAUUAUUUUAUAAUAUGUGUACAUAACUAGUCUGUAAGAGAUGUAAAUAUUUUUUGUAUUUAAAUAAACGGUGUUUUA